GCGGAACUAGUUUUAUCGUCAGCCAUGUUUGUUGCCAUUAACAACGCAUACAUAGCCCUUGUGAGCAAUCAAUACAAUAAGAUUAAGCCGAUAUCACCUAUGGGUCGGUAAUCUCGUUAGCGACAAGUUAAAGUCAUGGUAUCCACGCGUUAUCGCUAUUGAGAGCUGGCGGGGAAAGAAAGCUCCUGCAGUAGUCAAACGCCAUCGAAACUGACAAUCGCAAGACAUGAUUCCGGUGGCGACAACUUAUUCAAAGCUACCGUGAGUCGAUUAGGUUAUUGGGUUUAAUUCGGAGACUUGCUGUGAUAAACCGUAUACGCCAUGGACGAGAGGGUGAGAGCUGUCUUAGCAGGGCAGAUGCCCGUUGAGAAGCUCCCAGAAAGUCCCCCACGAGUGGUCAGAAUAUACGUAUCCUGUACACCCACAGAUAUGAUCCAAGAGCGCAACGCCCUGAUGCAACAGGUUUAUCCCAAGCUUAGGGAAUAUUGUAAAGAGAAGCAUGGAAUUGAGCUACAGAUGGUGGACCUGCGAUGGGGCGUCCUCCCGGGUAUCAGGGACGAUCACAACCAGGCUGAACUGUUUCUCCAAGAGCUAGAAAGAUGCCAGAGAGUGUCCGCUGGACCAAGUUUUGUGGCACUUAUUGGUCAGCGGUAUGGUGAUCGACCCCUCCCGGCAACGAUACCCGAGCACGAAUACGAAGUUCUCCGAAACUCACUCCGGCGAAAUCGCAGCCGAGAGACCCGUGACGCUGGCAUGUUAGACCACUGGUACUUUAAAGACACUAACGCCAUACCACCCGUUUAUGUGCUACAGCCAAUAAGUUCUGUGAUAUCUGACUUUAACGAAAUGAAUGACCCAGAAGUUAGAAAAGCAGCUCAAGAGCAAUGGCUGCACACAGAGAACAGUCUACGAAAGCUUCUCCAGAAAGGGGCGGAGUUAUGUCACAAGGAAGGCAGUAUGGACGGUUACAGCAAGCACAAAUAUUUCAUGGGAGAAUUUGAGAAUGAGCUCCGCCACGGAAUUGAAAACGCCCCGAGACCACGUGACACAGCUUUUGUGUUCAUGCGUGAAAUAGAAGACUUGAAAAACUAUGUUACUCACAAAAACACUCCAAAAUUCAUGGACAUACGGUGGAACUGGAAAGAAGAAAAACUAGAAAUUGACUCAGACUCCCAAAGGUUCCUCUACGAUCUCAAAAACGGCAAAGUACCUGCAUGGAUGGGAAAACAAAACAUUGAUAAAUUUUCAAUUUUGUGGCGCUUUGAGAAAGUUGUGCACCCUGAUCUUCACAAAGCAUACAUUAACGAUUUCUGUGACAAAUUCCAUGAUACUGUCAUUAGACUCGUUGACAAGGCGGCAUUUUCCUAUACACCGAUCCCUGCACCACCUAUCUUUGAUACAGUUCUGCCACAUUGGCUGAUAACUCAAAGAAAAUGCCGUGACUUCUUCGGCAGAGAGGAGAUAAUGGACCGCAUUUACGCGUACGUCACAGGGCAUUCCAAGCAGCCACUGGUGCUACACGGGCAAUCGGGUUGCGGCAAAACUUGCGUCUUUGCAAAGGCACAAGAAGAGGUACCACAAUGGGUCCCGGACUGCACCACAAUCGUACGUUAUCUUGGCAUCAACGCAGAGAGUGCCGACAUCCGCCAGGUGAUAUACGGCGUCUGCCACCAACUGGCGCUGUUGGAGGGAGAAGACGAGCACCACAUCCCCACCGACUACAAAGCACUGUUGAAAUACUUCUUUGAUCUCCUCGAACACUACCCGGAAGACCGGCACCUGGUCUUAUUUUUCGACUCUCUCGAGACCCUGAAUCCGGAACACAAUGCUCACUACCUAGUAUGGCUUCCAGAAAAGCUCAACCCCAACGUGAAAAUUGUUCUUUCCACGUUACCCGAGAAGCACGAUAUUUUGGAUCGUCUUCGCACAGAGGUCAUCAAGAAUCCGAAUUAUUUCAUUGAAGUGCCACCACUGUCAGUAGACAACUGCGUCUUACUGAUGGAGUACUACCUACAGCGCGUUGGUCGGCAGAUCAGCGACGAUCAGCUCCGAGUCGUUCGUAGAGCGUUUGAAUGCUGUUCCCUGCCGCUGUUUGUCCGCCUUACAGUCGAGGAGGUCACCCGCUGGCGGUCGUACACAAAACCAGCCCUGAAGAUGAUCGUCAAUACAAUCCAACAAGCCAUUGGCGUCAUAUUUGACCAGUUGGAGGCGAUUCACGGCAAAACCCUAGUCUCUCACUCGCUUACGUAUCUAACAGCUUCGGCUACCGGCUUAAGCGAUGGUGAAAUGGAAGACCUUCUGUCGUUGGACGACAUGAUACUAGACGAGAUUUACCGAACGUGGCACCCGCAGGUCCGCCGCAUUCCUCCACUGGUAUGGGUUCGUCUACGCGCAGACCUUGAGCCAUUCCUCUUUCAAAGAGAAGUAGACGGCGUGGUCGUGAGCUUUUGGAACCACAGAGAGUUCGUCGAGGCGGCCAAGCAGCGCUACUUGGCCGAUGAAGAAAUGUGCAAGAGAAUAUAUUCCGAAAUGGCUAACUAUUUUUCUUGCUCUUGGCAUGGCCGUCCAAAACCGUUCAACUUCUCUCCAGCCGUCGCCAAAAGUAUGGGACUCUCGUCUACGGCCAGUUCAGCUGACAGGUUAGUGUUAUCCCAGCCUCUCACUUUUGUCGGAAGUGAUGGUACAACUCGCUAUAAUAAGCGCAAGUACGACCAAAUGCCACGUACCCUUUACCUCUCUGGGCGUCUGAACGAGUUGAACAAGAUGGCCUUCUUCAACUAUCUGUGGCUGUAUAACAAAUCCAAGGCGUUAUCCAUACAACACAUUAUCGCCACUUUUGCCUUGAAUCCCGGGACCGAAUCAAACCUGGUGAAAGGUGCUCUGCAAGCAUGCCAACCAGUGAUACUCAAGAACAUGAACAACAUGGCCGCCGAACUUACGGGUCGACUUUUGACGUACUACGCAUCCCACCCAAACAUUCGCCACCUCAUACAGCAGUGUGAUGUAGAAGGGUUGCAGCAUUCAGCUCUCGUGCCAGCUUUCCCUUAUCAUCAAGUACCCGGGGGUCCUCUGCAGCACACUCUCGAAUCCCCAACUCCACUCCAGUUUUUCCAGCUUCUGGGUAGCGACUCAAGAUACCUUUUAGCCAAGGAGAGAUCCAGUCAGAAUAUCCUUGUGUUUGAUCUUGCCACAGGGGAGUGGAAGUACGAUAUUCAAGCGUCAGCUGGAGACAUGCAUUUGACACCAGAUGGCUCCAUGAUCGUCUUGCUGGACCACGUGACCGAGAUGUCAGUGAAGAUUCACAGAAGCGAUACAGGAAAAUACGUAGGGCAACUCAUCCCCUUGAAUCACACAACGGGGGAGACGAGUGAGAAGUACAAAUUAGGCAGGAUGUCUCUGUCUAAUGAAUUCCUAUGCAUUAUUGCCACGUUUGAAAAAAGCUACCUUUGUAUCGCCAGCGUCAAUGAAUGCAAAUUCAUCGAAGUUGUAAAUUUAAAUGGUAAAGCCAGCGUUUGCACGAUCACGCCCGAUUCUAGAUUCGUUUUUACCAACUCUGCUGAGACUCUGAUGUCAUAUGAUUUGUUCACACUAGAACAUGUGUGCAGCCUUCCGCUUGAGCAUCGACCAAACCACGUUGUUUUUACCAGAGAGGGCCACAGAGGGUUUGUGAGUAACCUGGAGGAGAACGUUAUCACUGUGCUACAUGCCAAAGAGGGAUACGUCGAUCUCACGUACAAGAUAUCCCUAACGGAGCUUCUGAAGGGAGAUCAAAUAUCCGACCUCGUUGUUUCCCAUAAUGAGAAAUAUCUUCUUGUGAGAGGAAACAGCAACUUGGUCAUAUACGGCGUGAAGAAUGAGAAGGUUCUUUCCUGCUUUGGUAGACCCUCCGACACACCAGUGCAGUUCAAACUACCACAGAGAAGUCUGACCGACCUGAACUUCACCCAAGCCAAGUUCUCCCAAGACGACCAGUACGUUCUAGCAACGAUCUUUAGAAACAUCUACAUCAUCGAUGUAUUGUCGGGAAACUUGGUCACAAAACUGCAGUCUCCCAUGGGAAUUAUCACGAGCCUGCUUUUGCCAGACAAACGCAAGCAGAUAGUGACACACAUUGAGAACUCUGAUGUCAUCCACGUGUGGAACCUUGACGACGCAAUCAAACACGUGGAUACCCUGGAUCGCCUCACCGGACGCAUCCAGGAAGUUUUGGUCACCAAGGACAACACAGUGUCCUUUGUCCGUUGCCAUAACAGCGAUGAGGUCGGGGUCAUUGACAUGAGCACGGGUCAACUUUGUGACCUCUUGACCCACGAGAGUCCCUUGACUGGCUUAAGCAUCACCACGGACGGGAGAUACGCGUUUGUGUCGGUGCAGCCAAAACGACCAGGGAUCACUAAUAAAAUAUGGCAUAUGGAAGAGAGGAAAAUCAUCCACGAAUUUGGUGAGGUGGGAGGUUACAGUGUACCGUUGCACAAUGUGAGCACCAUCAUCAGUGUGUGCCAGAAAGAAAUUGACUUCAAGGCUCCGUACUACAUCAGCUUGUUCAAGUUUGAAGAAGACCGAGUUGUGGAAGUGCAGUGUGAUUUAACACUGAACUUUGUCCUUAGCAAACCAUUCGUCACCAAAGAGGACAGAUAUCUGAUUGUCCUCACAGCGGAUGAGUACAAUGAGUAUAAAGCAGAGUACAACAGCCCCGCUAUCUGUGCCUUUUCUCUUGAGAACGAUUUCGCCGUGGCAUCUUACAGCCCUGCUGACCUUCGCUCAUGCGUUAAUGUUAAGCGCAUGCUGGAUGUUCGUCCUCACGAAAGUAACCCUUAUGCCGUCAUUGUGCUGUACUCGUGCGCAGCAGAGGAGGAUGAAUACAGCGGAGUAUCCAGUGGCUACACGUCUGGAAUCGGGUUCCUGAUAUUAGACGUAUGCAGCGGAGCCGUCAUCCACGUGUGUGACACAUUCUUCCCACCAGAUGUCGACUUGAGCAGAAUCUUAAUCAACCAAGACGUGACCCUCUGCAUGGAUGCCCAGUCCCACAUCUACGAUAUUACCACAGGGUUUUGGAAAUGUCAGCUGGUGCCCACAGGGACUUGUCCACAGAGGUUCGCCCUCAACGGGAAAGCUGUGAUUUACUACGAAGAUCAAGAGGUCUACGUGAUCAGAGUUGAAGACGGCAAGGAAAUUGCUCGGUGUGACGUCCAUAUGCCGAUCACAUGUGUUGAAGUCUGCCAUGACCAGAGAACGAUUGUCGUAGGUUGCAGCGACGGUGCGGUCUCGGCAUACGUCCUCAUUGACGAGCGGUACGACAACGCCAAGGAGAUCGUGAAGACCAUCCCCAGUCGCCAGUUGCCGCUUAGCACGGAUAUUGACGGACGAACUUCAAGGUCGUGGGACAAGGUCGAAAGUUCGGCGCCCCAAACACCCAUACGGCUUCCCUCAGCUCUUAGUCUUGGCCAAAGCGAGAAAGAGAUGCUCAGAAAGAUCAAACCUGUCGACAGAAUACGACCCCAAUCUGACACUUUGAUUUACCUCAAUGCGAGGUCGAAGACGUGCUCCGUAAUGUGACUGCAAGAGUGCCAUUAAAUAACUUAUGCAGGAUAUCUUUAAUGACUUGUCAAACAGUCAGAUUAACAAAAAAUCUUGUGCGAUUUUUCUGUACUGCUGUGGAGAUAUACGUAUAAUUUAACCCUUAUUUGAAUUGUAUAUUUAUUGUAAAUAAUGUAAAGUUUUUUGAUGGUUUUGAUACCUUGAGAAUCCUCUAUACGCAGCAUUUAUUGGCAGCGUGUGAAUGCUAAUUGUGUUACAUAGGCCAGACCCGAUAGUAAACACAUCAUGCUUUCUGAUAUUAUAUAUAUAUAUAUAUAAUCGUUGCUAAACGAGACUGAGAGAUGACUAUAUUUAUGUUUUUUACCUAGACACGUUCAACCGCCAGUGGUUCGUAGUGUUUUACUGUCAUAUUUUAAAGGUCCCUGAAAAGCGAGGUACAUGUACAUGUACAACUUUAAUUAAAGUUAUGACGGUUAUUAUCUCAGCAUUCACUUUAAAAUUUAAACUUUAGAAAGAACCACAAAAUUACUUAACAAUGGC